UUUUUCCCCUCUUCGUAUCGCUGCUGUUCGCCUUUGGCACCUUUAAUCAGCGGGCUGGAUUGGCAGCAUCCUCCCCAGCAGAGACUUCCUGAUAGGGUGGAAAAAGCUCCCGCAGACUUUGGCUUGUGGGCAGCAGAGAGGAGGGACGGUGGAGUUUUGGGAGCUUGGGCUGUACUGUGAGCAAUAGGAGAGGGAUGGUGUGAUUCUGCGAGGAGACAGAGAGGAAGAGGGAGACGCUCCGGCAGCAUCACUGAACCCCACUCCCCUCUCCUCUACCCCCUUCUGUCUGGCUGACGCUCUCCCCAAUAACACGCUCUUUCAGUCAAGACUGGCAGUUUUGAGUGGGGGGCUCGGCAACCAGAAAUCAUGUCACACACUAGGAGGAAUACGUACACCCGGACCACCAGCAGUGGCAGCAGCAGGAUGAGCUCAGACGGGGGCGGGCGGCCCGUCAAAGUGGGCUCCCUGGUGGAGGUGAUUGGGAAGGGGCAGCGUGGCACAGUGGCCUACAUCGGGACCACCCUCUUUGCCUCUGGAAAAUGGGUGGGGGUCAUCCUGGAUGAAGCCAAGGGCAAAAAUGAUGGCACCGUACAGGGAAAGCGUUACUUCACCUGUGAAGAGAAUCAUGGGAUUUUUGUGAGACAGUCACAGAUCCAGCUGGUAGAUGAUGGGGCAGACACAACGUCUCCUGAGACACCCGAGCCCGGCACUGGCAAGGUUCCCAAACGAGAAAUCCUGGAGUCAGCCAAGUCUGCUAAACUGCGAGGAGUGAAACCCAAAAAGGUGCUGCAUGUUUCUCUAACCUCGACUCCUGCACCCCGGAAGACCACGGCCAGAAGGCCAAAGCAGCCCAGCCGACCUGCAGGAGGGAAGGGGGCCGCGUCUGGCUCGGCUUCAGCCUCUGCUGGGGAGAUGAGCAGCAGCGAGCCCAGCACGCCGGCACAGACCCCCCUGGCUGCUCCGGUCAUCCCCACCCUCCACUCCCCUGGAAACCCUCCAGCUCCCAUCCCCAGCAAGGAAGAGGAGGCGCUGCGUAAUCAAGUGAAGGACCUGGAGGAGAAGCUGGAGACCCUGAAGAUGAAGCGCACGGAAGACAAAGCAAAACUGAAGGAGCUGGAGAAGCACAAGAUCCAGCUGGAGCAGCUGCAGGAGUGGAAGACCAAGAUGCAAGAACAGCAGGCCGAGCUGCAGAAGCAACUCAAGGAGGCCAAGAGGGAGGCUAAAGAAGCUCUGGAGGCAAAGGAGCGUUAUAUGGAGGAAAUGUCGGACACAGCGGACGCCAUCGAGAUGGCGACGCUGGAUAAGGAGAUGGCUGAGGAGAGAGCAGAGUCUCUGCAGCUGGAGGUGGAUUCCCUCAAGGAGAAAGUGGAUGAGCUCACCAUGGACCUGGAGAUCCUCAAGCAUGAGAUUGAGGAGAAAGGCUCAGAUGGUGCCGCCUCCAGUUACCAUGUGAAACAGCUGGAGGAGCAGAACAGCAGGUUGAAGGAAGCUCUGGUCAGGAUGCGUGACCUGUCUGCGUCAGAGAAGCAGGAACACGUGAAGUUGCAGAAGCAGAUGGAGAAGAAGAACGUGGAACUUGACUGUUUGAGAAGCCAGAAGGAGAAACUGCAGGAAGAGAUGAAAGCGGCAGAAAAAACCAUCGAUGAGCUGAAAGAGCAGGUGGAUGCAGCCUUAGGCGCAGAGGAGAUGGUGGAGACUCUGACAGAGAGGAACUUGGACCUGGAGGAGAAAGUCAGGGAGCUGAGAGAGACAGUCACAGAUCUGGAAGCUAUAAAUGAGAUGAACGACGAGCUGCAGGAGAACGCCAGAGAGACGGAGCUGGAGCUGAGGGAGAUGCUGGAUCUGGGAGCAGCGAGAGUCCGAGAGGCAGAGAAAAGAGUUGAAGCCGCACAGGAGACCGUAGCCGAUUACCAGCAGACCAUCAAGAAGUACCGCGAGCUCACAGCUCACCUACAAGAGGUGAACAGAGAGCUGACCAGCCAGCAGGAAGCCUCAGCAGAGCUGCAGCAGCAGCCGCCAGCAGAGAUGUUUGAUUUCAAGAUUAAAUUUGCAGAGACGAAGGCCUACGCCAAGGCUAUUGAGAUGGAGCUGAGGAAGAUGGAGGUGGGUCAGGCCAACAGACACGUUUCUCUUCUGACCUCCUUCAUGCCAGAGUCCUUCCUCCGUCACGGUGGAGACCACGACUGCAUCCUGGUGUUGCUGCUCAUCCCCAGACUCAUCUGCAAGGCCGAGCUGAUCAGCAAACAGGCACAGGAGAAAUUUGACCUGAAUGAAAACUGCGUGGAGCGAGCUGGCUUGAAGGGAGCUUUGGGUGAGCAGCUGAGCUUCGCGGGUGGUCUCGUCUACUCGCUCAGUCUGCUGCAGGCCACGCUGCACAAAUACGAGCAAGCUCUGUCUCAGUGCAGCGUGGAGGUCUAUAAGAAGAUCGGCUCUCUGUACCCAGAGAUGAGCGUCCAUGAGCGAUCUCUGGACUUCCUUAUUGACCUGCUGCACAAAGACCAGCUGGAUGAGACGGUCAAUGUGGAGCCGCUCACCAAGGCCAUUAAAUAUUAUCAGCACCUGUACAGCAUCCACCUGGCAGAUCAGAAUGAGGACUGCACCAUGCAGCUCGCUGAUCACAUCAGAUUUACCCAGAGUGCCUUGGACUGCAUGGCUGUGGAGGUGGGUCGUCUGCGGGCAUUCCUGCACGCGGGUCAGGAGAAAGCCGACCUCGCCGUGCUGCUGAAGGAUCUGGAGACAUCCUGUAGUGACAUCAGGCAGUUCUGCAAGAAGAUCCGUCGCAGAAUGCCUGGAACUGACGCGCCCGGCAUCCCAGCGGCACUUUGCUUCGGACAGCAGGUGUCAGACACACUGUCAGACUGCAGGAAACACCUGACCUGGGUGGUGGCAGUCCUGCAAGAAGUUGCAGCAGCCGGAGCUCAGAUGAUGUCACCUCUCGGUGAACAGGAGGGGCUGUCGGCCGUCAAACUGGAGGACGUGGCGUUCAAAGCUGGAGAACAAAUCUAUGGAUCCCAGGGUGCCAACCCCUACGAGUAUCUGCGACAGUCCUGUAGCAUCGUCAUAGCAACCAUGAACAAGAUGGCGACUGCUAUGCAGGAAGGAGAGUAUGACUCAGAGAAGCCUCAAAACAAGAACCCUCCGCCAGUAGAUGUGCGAGCGGCAGCUCUUCGAGCAGAAAUCACAGAUGCAGAAGGACUCGGCUUGAAGCUGGAGGACAGAGAGACGGUCAUCAAGGAGCUGAAGAAGUCUCUCAAGAUCAAGGGAGAAGAGCUGAGCGAGGCGAACGUGCGUCUCAGCCUGCUAGAAAAGAAGCUGGACAGUUCAUCCAAAGAUGCAGACGAACGUGUUGAGAAGAUCCAGACUCGACUGGAUGAAGCCCAGACUCUGCUGAAGAAGAAGGAGAAAGAGUUCGAGGAGACGAUGGACGCUCUGCAGGCCGACAUCGAUCAGCUUGAGGCAGAGAAGGCCGAACUGAAGCAGAGAAUCAACAGCCAAUCAAAGAUGACCAUCGAUGGGCUGAGAGGAACCGGGCCGUCAGGAAUCGCUUCCAUUGUCACAGGAAUGGCCGGAGCGAACAUGAUGUCAGGUGUCGGCUCUGGAUCGGGCGUUCAAGUGAUCGACUCACCUCUGCUGACUCAGCAGAUCGAAGCUCAGAGGCUCUGCAUCAAACACCUGAAGAACGAGAACAACAGGCUGAAGGCGGAGAAGAUGCGUGCUCAGCUCGCCUCUCUGCCUCCUCUCAAUGUGACCAAGCUUCCCUCCAAAGACGGACGUCCUGAAGUGCUCUCCAGCGCCCUCUACCGUAAGACCGAUCAGCUCCUGGAGACACUGCUGCAAAUGAGUGCCAACGUCAAGGUGGUGGACAUCACUGGAAAAUCUCCUGUGACCCCUGGUGCUCAGCUCCUGGAACAGACAGCUAGACUGCAGUCCCUGAAUGACACUCUGGACAGACUGAAGGACGAGGUAGCAGAACACGUCGUCAACCUGCAGCCCGGAGCUCGAGUCUCAUCUGAUUUCGCCACGUUCCCUUCGACCUCAUUUGUUAAGGUGAAGGAGGAGAAGCAGGGUGACACGGUGCUGGUGGGAAGGGUCAUGGUGCCGUGUCCCCGCGGUCAGGAGCAGGUCCACCGCCUCGUCUUGUCACAGUCGGAGCUCCGGCGAGUUCACAGUCUGCUGCAGACCUAAACAUCACAUGCCCCGCCUUCCCGCCUGCCGCACCAAAACACUCCACCACCAUCAGCUUUUUCUCCAGGGUCAAACAAGUCAAACCAGGAGGCUUUUUAGGUUAUUAGCUGUGAGAUUGAUGCCAGAGCUGCAGGUUGCAAAGUGCACAGGUGAAGGCUAAAACAUAGAAAUAUACAAGUCUAAAUUGAGUCUGAAUUUGUUAGUCGACUGACAAGCAGCUUAUUGGCAACUAUGUUAGUCACUGUCACAUUAAGUUUUGAAGACUGAGAAGUCUUACCGAGAUUUUUAGCUUUUUUAAAUGUCGAGUGUUUUCAUGUGUUAUUUGAAUUUUAGUGGAAUCUACACUGAUGGCUUGAAAAACAUUUCUUGUAAUUAUUCCUAUUUUAAGACAUUUUAAAAGAACUGAGAAAAAAACUGGGGAGAUUAACUAUUAGUGAUUACUUUCAGUCCAGGUCAGAGGCUAAAGAGAAGGACUGUUUUAUUUUUUUCACACAGCCAAAAUCAGACUGCACAUCUUUGCACAUGUGACUCGUUUCAGGCAACUCUGCCUUUGACUGAGGCCUUGCUGGCUGUAAAUUGGAACCUGGAUGAUGAGAUCGUGAUUCCAUCCUUGUAUUUUACGUCUAGAUUUUGUUUUAUGGCCAGAAAAACGGAGAGAUACAAGCAACAAUGCUCGUGCAUGCUGCCCAGAUUCACCAAAUCUAUGUAAUAGAAAAUGAGCCAGCCUCCUCCUGCACCCUGGUGUGGAGCAUGCUCAGUGUGGUUUAUAUUUGGCCAGAACAUUGGAUGUCGUUUCAUAUUUCCUGUUUGCAGUUAUUGCCUAACGAGAUGUGAAGAAUCAUGAACCUGUGCUGUAAACUUUCAUCAGGUGUCACUGACGUGCUCCGUUUUAAGAACAUCGCUGUUAAAGGAAAGGAGCACUGACAUGAUGGAUUUGCCAGUUUAAGUGAGCGGGCAUUGACACGUUUUUUUUGCACAUUUAAUUUAAAUACUGAGCCUUCUGAAGUUAAAUACAAACUGAGGGUUUUAGUGUUUACCUCUGUGGUUUCAUUAACCUUUGGCUGCACAGAACAAAAACAUUAAGCUCAGUGGAUUUCCUGAAAUUCUUCUGCAGAUUUACACACAGUCUGGCUGCACUUUAGUCAGAGCAUUACCUGGUUUAAAUUAUUUCACAUAUACUACACUUUUGGUGUAACCUGUAACUGUGUACUUUAUUGGCUUGGUAUAAAUGACACACUGGUUGCACUGGUGAUAUUCGACUGCAUUGCCUGUGUUCUGCCGAGCUUCCCGUUGCUGUAGAUUUUGUAAACUUUGUCCGAGCCUUAAACCUGCAGAGAGCCUUUUGGUAAAGAUCAGUCACCUGCCUUAUUUUAGAUUUGUUUCAACCAAACAUUGUUUAAGCAAAGCGACAUCUUUGCCAAAGAGUCUUUGUUUUUCUUCACAUCUGCCAUGUUUGAUUUUCAAGAAGCUUUUAAUUUAUUAUUAAUUUGUCUAAUAGACUGUUUUGUUUACACAGUGCCGUCAUAACUUGAAGUUUUAUUUAUUAAUGGGAAUCUAAGUAACUGUAGUUAAAGAGGGAAAUGCCGACAUCUCUUAUUUAUUGGUUGUAAUAUUUAUCUGUGCUCUCAGUGAGCAGCUGAUGUACUGAAACUGCAGCUUGUCUUACCUUUUUCCUUGUGUGGCUUCCUGCUCAUGCACAACCAAUAACUGAUCAAUAAAGACAUUAAAACAAGCA